AUGCGCGCUCCGUCUCCGCUUAUACGGAGCUUGAGCUCCAGACCAACAGCGCUGUCCUGUUCCAGACGGCUCCGACUUGCACAGCGGCCUUCUGUCUCAUUGCACGUCAGGACCAUCGCCAACUAUACCCACCCUCAUCAUGCCUCUGCUAUAUCGGUUCUCCCGACGGCGGUGGAUACGUCAUCGCCGGACUUCAAGGAGAACGCCGAGCAGAUGAAGCAACUCGUGGACCGCAUGACCACUCUUCACACCACCAUUGCACAGGGGGGUCCCCAAAAAGCCAAAGAUAAGCACAUAGCUCGUGGGAAGAUGCUUCCCCGCGACCGCGUUACCGCGCUCAUCGACCCGGGCACGUCGUUCCUCGAGCUGUCUCCGCUCGCCGGCCAGGGGGUGUAUGAGGAAGACGUGCCCGCCGGAGGCAUCAUCACCGGCAUCGGGACAGUAGAAGGGGUCACCUGCAUGAUUGUGGCCAACGACAGUACCGUCAAGGGUGGCACGUACUACCCGAUCACGGUGAAGAAGCACCUGCGGGCCCAGGCAAUCGCCCAAGAGAACAAGCUCCCUUGUCUCUACCUCGUCGACUCCGGCGGCGCAAACCUCCCCCACCAGGCCGACGUCUUCCCGGACAAGGAACACUUCGGCCGUAUAUUCUUCAACCAGGCGCGGAUGAGUUCCCUCGGCAUACCCCAGAUCUCCGUCGUCAUGGGGCCCUGCACCGCGGGAGGCGCCUACGUCCCCGCCAUGAGCGACGAGACCAUCAUCGUCGAGAACCAGGGCACCAUCUUCCUUGCGGGCCCGCCGCUCGUCAAGGCAGCUACCGGCGAAGAGGUCUCCGCCGAGGACCUCGGCGGCGGCCAGCUGCACAGCACCAUCUCCGGCGUGACGGACUAUCUGGCCGUGGACGACGCACACGCCAUUAUCCUCGCGCGCAGAUCCGUCGCCAACCUCAACUACCCGAAGACCAGCGUGCCGCUGCAGCUCUCCGCGGACACCAUCAAAGAGCCGCUCUACGACCCGAACGAACUCAACGGCAUCGUGGGCACCAACCUCCGCCGACAGAUCCCCGUGCACGAAGUCAUCGCCCGCAUCGUCGACGGCAGCGAGUUCGCCGAGUUCAAGCGCGACUACGGCUCCACGCUGGUGACAGGCUUUGCGCGCAUCUUCGGGCACCAGGUGGGCAUCGUUGCCAACAACGGCAUCCUCUUCUCCGAGUCCUCCCUGAAGGGCGCACACUUUAUUGAGCUCUGCGCCCAGCGCAAAAUCCCCCUAGUCUUCCUGCAGAACAUCUCCGGCUUCAUGGUCGGCGCCGACGCCGAAAAGGGCGGCAUCGCGAAGAACGGUGCCAAGCUGGUCACGGCGGUGGCGUGCGCCGAUGUUCCCAAGUUCACCGUUGUGUUUGGUUCGAGUGCCGGCGCUGGCAACUACGGAAUGUGUGGCCGUGCGUAUUCCCCGCGUCUGCUGUUCAUGUGGCCCAACGCCAAAAUCGGCGUCAUGGGCUCCGAGCAGCUCUCCGCCGUCAUGGAGGCGGUUGGACGCACCGCGGACCCCGAGCUGAAGGCUCGGAUCGACCGUGAAUCAGAGGCGGUCUUCUCGUCGGCUCGUUUGUGGGACGACGGAGUCAUCCCGCCGGCGCAGACAAGACAGGUUCUCGGCCUGGGAUUGGCGGCGGCCUUGGGUGGAAAGGUAGAAGAUGUACAGACGCGCUUUGGAGUGUUCCGGAUGUAA